AGGAGGGUGUGUGUGGGAGAGGCAGACAAGAUGGCGUCGCCCCAUUGCCGAAGCGGGUUCAGGGGCGGAAAGCCGCUCGUCGUCGUAGCUGCUGGUCGGGACUUGUAGCCGGGAGACGCGAGUCGCGAGUCAGGAGGACCAGCAGCAGCGCUAGCAGCAGUCGCCGCCGCCGUAGAGGCGGGGAAGCGGAGCCGCCGCCGCCGCUGAGAUUCUAAAUGGCUUCUAGGAAGUCGGGAUCUGACUUUCAUGGGCUCUUCAGUUACCUUGAUGACGUCCCAUUCAAGAUAGGAGACAAGUUCAAACCACCAGCUAAAGUUGGCUUGCCUAUUGGCUUCUGUUUGCCUGACUCUCCACAGCUUGUAAGGGAAGCCCAGUAUGACUUCUCCCUGGAAAACAGAACUAUUGAAUGGGCCGAGAACAUUAAAAGAAUUCAGGCGGCCCAGCAAGAGGCUGAACGGAAGGCUGAGGAAGACCUAGCAAACACUAAGGCGGCCUUGGAGGAGGAGAUCCGAGCAGGCUUUUCAGAGAGCCGUCGCUCGGGGGCUGUCAUGCCGCCUCCCAUCAACCCCAUCCUUGCUAGUCUGCAACACAACUAUAUUCUUACUCCUACUCCAGCCAACAGCAGCACUCUGAAGCAAAAGGUCCUGAGCCCGCCCCACGCAAAGGCCGACUUCAACCCAGCAGAUUUUGAGUGUGAAGAAGACCCCUUUGACAAACUGGAAUUAAAAACGCUAGACGACCGAGAGGAACUGAAAAAUAUUCUGCAGAUCCACGUUGGUACCACAGGGCCAAUAGUUGCCCAGCUUCUAGACAAUGGCUCGCCCAAAGUAGCAUCUGAGUCUGUAUUGCAAAGCGAGGAGGUUUUAGCGUCCUUGGAAAGGGCAACUUUGGACCUCAAGCCGCAUCACAAGCCGAAUGGUCUUGUCACUUUACCCCAGCUGGGGGGCUCUGAAAAGAUGUCCCUGUCUUCCAAAGUGUCCCUGUCACCCGUGACAUCGGUGAGCAAUAUCAAGUCUCUCUCCUUCCCAAAGCUUGACUCGGAUGAGAGCGACUUGCAGACGGCGGCGCUGGUGAGCACGUGUCGCAGCACGGCCUGCCUCCGGAACGGCACUCUCCUCGGCUCCUUGCAGAGCAAAGCCAGUGAACUGAACGGACAUCAUGCAGCGGGGCUUUCCAGCCCCAACGUGGACAGUGGCCCAGAGAUGCCGGCGUUAUCCUCCGCAUCUAGACUGCCUUCCCUGCCCACUUCGGUAGCAUGUACAGAAGACAUUCCGGCUCUCACCACAGCCACGGCGGUAACUCACCAAAGUUUCUCAAUAUCUCAAGUGCCCAAUACCACCAGCUGUGCAAAACGGCCAAGUGGCUUCACAUAUGUUGAUGUGCUGCAGGGCCUCUCCUCCAGUGAGCGGCAGUGUGUUGAAACCGUGGUCAAUAUGGGCUAUUCCUGUGAGGAUGUCCUGAAAGCGAUGAAGAAGAAGGGGCAGAACAUAGAACAGGUUCUCGACUACCUGUUUGUCCAUGGGCAGCUCUGUGAGAAGGGCUUUGAUCCGCUCCUUGUAGAAGCUGCUCUUGAAAUGUUUCAGUGUUCAGAAGAGAAGACAACAGAACUUCUCCAGCUAAUGAGUAAAUUUAAAGAAAUGGGAUUUGAACUGACAGACAUUAAAGAGGUAUUAUUAUUACACAACAAUGACCAGGACAAUGCACUGGAAGACCUAAUGAGCCGGGCAGGAGCCAGUUGAAGAGUGCUUAGAGGAGCACGCACCUUGUCUAGCCAACCAGACCCUUGCCAUCAUCACGUGGCUCUCUCUGCAGGAGUGGGAAGGAGAACGCCCCGAGGAUUCUGCCUUUCCAGGAUGCCGACAAAGCUAGGCGAGCAGCUCCAUUGGCACACACCACUCCAGGAUGUCGUUCCCACCGGAGAGAGCCCGAACUGCUUUCUUCAAUUAAAGUUUAAGUGUCCUUUCCUAAGUUUCUCUCUCUCUCUCUCUCUCUUUUUUUUUUUGGUAUGUGUCUAGGCCAUGGAAUCUUGACUGGAGCUGUACAUAGUCAGGCUAGGCUAGUUGCAUCCGUCUCCCUCUCCCCAAACUCUUGCACUGGAUUUGGUCAAAGAAGUAUCAGCCUGGCUCUGAAAAAGAACAAUGCUUUGGUCCGAAGCUGCUUUCAUUUGUGUGUCUGCUUGUACUGAAACACAGACUCUUGGUCGAGAUUAACAGAAGUCUACCUUUUAGUGCAAUGGAAUUUCAGUUUAAUCAGUGGAGGGGGGUAGUCUUUGGUCGAAAGUUAGUGUGUAACUUAGUGCAACACUGGUUCAGAAACCGCCGCUAUGCAUACUGAAAAGCUGUACUACUAUUUCUGGUAUUUGGGUCCUGGCUGUUCACUCUUGACAGUGUUUUGAGUAAAACUAAGUUCUCAGAACAGGUACAGGAAAGCUGUGAACUCUACUUGGGCCCCUUGCUCACAGGCUGGUUUCUAAAUCUUGGGGAAGAGACUGCACCCUGCCAUCCCCAGACUGGUAGGUUUUCUAUUUCAGCAGAGGCCCUUUGGAGAAAUCAGCUGAUUGUCAGUUUAAAGUACAGUGUGAAAUUGGAAGUCUUAUUUUUCAUGCACUUUCUUUUUAAUAUUCACUUCAUUGGUUCCAUUUUUUCACACUGCUAGUUACAUUAAUCUAUUAACAUCUAGUAAUAGGAAUCAGACUUUUGGUUUGGUUUUGAUAGUAAAAAAAAGUGUAUUAUGUUGUACAUGGUUAAAGAUCUAAAUACAUAAAAUAUAAGCAGUCUUGAUGAUCUUUGAAGUAAUUUGCUAAAUAUUUUGGUUCUGCAGAAAGAGAUCCUAAUAAAACCUUAAAAUGUG